ACAAUCAUGACCCAGCGGAUCCCCACAUGGACCCCCCCUGCUGCCGAGGCUGGCGCCUACCGCACCGGCCUGCGCCUGUACAACAGCCUGACCAAGAACCGCGAUGAAUUCAUCCCGGUCAACGGCAAGCAGGUUCUCUGGUACAUUUGCGGUCCGACCGUCUAUGAUGCGGCCCAUCUCGGCCACGCCCGCGCCUAUAUGACCUUCGACAUUGUGCGCCGCGUCAUGGAGGACUACUUCGGCUAUGACAUCACCUACCAGAUGAACAUCACCGACAUUGAUGACAAGAUCAUCUUCCGCGCCCGCCAGAACCACCUGGUGGCCAACUUCCUCGAGCAGUUCACCGGCCUCACCGAGGCCGGGCCGCUGACCCCCAGCAAGAAGGCCCAGGUGUUCGCCCUGUUCAAGGAGCUGCUGCUGGCCCUGCGUUUCUUCCUGGUGGCCAACGUGCCGGGCUUCGCCGCGGCGCCGGCCCAGCUGCCGGAGACCUUCGACGUGAUCGAGGCUCUGGCGGUGGAGGGCGCCCUGGCCAGCGUCCGGCUGCCGGCCGGCGCCGCCGUGUCGCGCAAGCUUGACAAGAUCAAGAUGCCGAAGGAGCUGAAGGGCAUCGACGCGGCGGCCGACCCGUCGGGCGCCCUGCUGGCGCAGUAUGUGGAGCUCAUCAUCCAGCUGGCCCAGGUGCAGAAGUGGCUGGAGAAGACCCGCAAUGCCAUCAAGGACCCGGAGAAGGCCCUGGCCUUCAACACCCCCCUGCAGAUGCUGGUCUCCAUCGAGGCCAUGCACAACUAUGCGCUGCUGCUCCUCUCUGAGCCGGAGCUGUCGCAGGCCAACCCGGUCCUGGUGGAUGUGGCCCUGAAGCGCGCUCGCGAUGUUCUCGGCUACUACCUGGAUGACGUGAAGGAGGCCCCCUGCGGCGCGUCGCACGAGAUCUUCAACGAGCUGUCCCGCCACUGGGAGGCCAAGUUCUUCGCGGACCUCGACGCGCUGGACAUCCGCCGGCCGACCUUCGUCACCCGUGUCAGCGACUAUGUUCCCCCGAUCAUGGACUACAUCCGGGUGCUGAUGGAGAAGAAGUUCGCCUACGCCCUGGCCGACGGCAGCAUCUACUUCGACACGCAGAACUUCAUGGCCGACGGCAACUUCUACGCCAAGCUGGAGCCCAAUGCCGCCAAUGUGUCGGACCCGCAGCCGGCCUCCGACUCGCCCAAUGUCACGGAGAAGAAGUGCCCGGCGGACUUCGUCCUGUGGAAGGCCUCCAAGCCGCGCGAGCCCACCUGGGAGGGCACCAGCGGCGAUUACACCUUCACCCCCGGUCGCCCGGGCUGGCACAUCGAGUGCACGGUCAUGGCUGGCGAAGUUCUCGGUGGGGUGCUGGACAUCCACUCCGGCGGCAUUGAUCUGGCCUUCCCGCACCAUGACAAUGAGCUGGCCCAGUCCGAGGCCUACUUCGGCAACAAGCAGUGGGUCAACUACUUCCUGCAUGCCGGGCACCUGCACAUCGACGGCCUGAAGAUGAGCAAGUCCCUGAAGAACUUCACCUCCAUCGCCGACUCGCUGGAGCUCUACAGCGUCCGGCAAAUCCGCCUGCUCUUCCUGCUGUACAACUGGCGCCGGUCGCUGGACUUCGGCAAGAACUCCUUCACCCAGGUGCUCGUGUAUGAGAGCCUCUUCGGGAACUUCUUCGCCUCGGUCUACAGCACCAGCAUGCGUCUGGGCCUCGGUGCCCGGGCUCUGGCCAUCACCCGGCCCCAGCGCCCGAAUGGCGAUCUGCCGGACCUGGUGGCUCGCCUGCGCGAAACCCAGGCCGCCGUGCAUGAGGCCCUGUGCGAUUCGAUCGACACCCCGACCGUGGUCAAGCAUCUGGCCGAGCUGGUUCGCGCCUGCAACCUCCACCUGGCCGUGCGCGAUGACGAUGCCAAUCUGCCCAUCCACCAGAUUGUCCAGGCUGCCUGCUACAUCACCUCCAUCUUCCGCGUGUUCGGCCUCGUGAGCAAGGACGUGCCGCAUGAUGGCUUCGGCUUCAGCCCCGUCCCGGAGGCCAUUGUCGACCCCGUCACCCUGCCCCUGCUGUCGGAGUUCCGCGAUGGCAUCCGCAACCUCGGCCUCAGCGCCCUGCGCAGCUCGAUGCCCGUGUCGGAGCUCCAGCAGGCCCUCAAGGCGGAGUGCGACAAGUUCCAGGACCGCAUCGCUGCUGCCACGGCCGACGCCGCUCCUGGCACCCUGGCCGGCGUCCUCGGCGACUUCUACACCCUGGUCCAGACUCAGAUGGCCAGCCCGGAGGUCUCGCCCAAGGACCUGCUCAAGGCCACCGAUGACCUGCGCAAUGACAUCCUCCCCGAGCUGGGUGUCACCCUGGAGGACUUUGCCGGCUCGCCCAGCACCUUCAAGGUCUUCUGCCCGGACGAGAUGCUCCGCAGCCUGACCAUGUCCCGCCGCAUGGCCAAGAACCCGGCCCUCAUCAAGCAGCUCCGCACGCGCGUGCGCGAGGGGCGCCUCCAUCCGGAUGAGUACUUCAUCAAGAACCCCAAGUUCAACAACGCCUUCUCCUUCUUCUCGGAGGCCGGCUUCCCCCUGCUGGAUGCCAAUCUGGCCCCCAUCUCGGCCGAGAAUGUGGCCGCCUACACCGAGGAGCUCCAGCUCUACAAGAGCCUCUUCUGGGCUCUGGAGCCGACUGCCUAAGGGGGGCAUGUGCACUUGCGGCCGGGCGCAUCUGCGGCAGCCGCGCCGAGGCCCCUCUGCUUCCCGGGCCCCGCCCGCGUCUCUUUCGCCGUGGCCCUCGUGGCGGCCCCCCAGUCCUGGAUGCCGACGUCCUCCUCGCUCUCCUCUGUCCACCGGCCGGUGCAUGGAUUUCCGUAGCCGAGAGCAGGCCCCCACCUCCCCCCCUCUCUCUGUAUUGCCCCCCACCCCUCCCCCC